AUGAAUGCGGAUCCUCCUAUUCCUCCUGAUAAUGGUCCUCAUGUUCAACCUAAGGCCUGGGAACUUAGAGGUAACAGAUCCUUCGCGGAUGUAGUCGCUGUUCAGGUAAAUACAUCGCCCUCCCCUUUAUUCCCUGUCAUUGAAUUAAAGCCUAUUGAGAGAAUUAGGAAUUGGGACGAGUGUGUUUUGACGGGUGAAGUGCACAAUGCCCAAUAUAUUACUGAAAUCUCCACCAUCAUGCACAUUGACGGAAAUGCAAGUGGAAAAGUGUAUUACACCGGCGGUUUAAGGAUAUUGAUUAAAUUCAAUAACAAAAAAGAAGUUGAAUCAUUUUACGUCAAUAACUCAAACUGGAACAGGUGGUUCAAGUGGUUGAAACGAGGUUUUGAGGAUGACAAAGAGGCUGAUAGGAUCACUUGGGUACGAAUUCACGGUGUUUCGGUAAGAUUCCGAUCUGAAGCAAAUUUUGCACAUAUUGCUGGGGUAUUUGGAAAGGUACUUGAAACUUUUAGGGUCAAUUGGAACGUCUUUGAUAUCUCAUCGGGGCAUGUUUGUAUCCUUACCAAAGCUAGAAAGCUUAUCAAUGGGGAAGUGGAUAUCAAAUAUAAAAAUAACACAUACAAGAUUGGUGUGGUUGAAUACGACAGAGAUUGGAAUUCGUUCGAUAACAACGCACUAAAUAAGCAGUUUGAGCAUUAUAAUGAAGUAUAUGGAGGCAACGAUAAUUUGGAUUCAAUGAAUUCCAUGGAUAAAGUGUCGUCGGAUUGUGAUGAAGAUGCAAUCUCAGCAACUUGGGAAGACCUAGGCAAAAAUCAAGAAGAACCUGUGGAUGGUGAAAUAGUAGAAGAAAUGUUGGCCGACAAAUCGAUCCCAUCUCCCGUACCGACAACUGGUGGUGGUGGUGGUGAAGAUACGUUAAUGGCAGAAAAUGAUUCGUCUCCAAAUAUUCAUAUCCCUGGUAACUCCGAGACUGUCGGUGUGGAUAUGACCCGAUACAAUCAACCCAACAAGUCCAAUGAAGUUAGCACAUAUAGACCCAUCCAUACUAUUCCCCUACCUGGUGGUGAAUUUGGCCCACUUCCCCAGAACUGA